GUGUGUGUGUGUGUGUGUGUGUGUGUGUGUGUGUGUGUGAGAGAGAGAGUGAUCGUUCUUGUAUAAGCGCGUCUGUUGAACGCGAUACAUCACCGUGACAACCAGAGGCGGGAAUCACCGAAUCACGGAGAUGCUGGUCGGUGUCGGUGCGCGUCGGAGCGCCUGGGCCUCGAGGACAUGGAGAAAUGAGGAGAAAUGACGGACGGCGCCUGAAGACGAGCGCGUCAAGGACGAACGGAGCGUCAAUUCAAGGGCGUUCGAACGCGAUGAGGAGCCGUCGGAGGUCGGCGCGGCGGGGCGAGGCGAGGCGUCCUCCGGAGGAAGCGUAAAGGAGAAUCUGUCGCGCUGAGGUCAAACCGACUCUGAGCUCGUUCUGACCGAUCAGACAGCGAACAGACCGGUGUUUAUCUGACAGAAGAGCAACAACAGGUCAGUGUGUGUGUGAGUGUGUGAGUGUGUGUGCGCGCUGGCAUGGAUGGUGGCACCGGGGCUUCCGCGCGGAACGGAGACUCUAAGCGGCGCAGUAAGAGCAGCCUGCCGUCUCCCGGUUACCGUCUCUCCCAGGCGUCUCUGGAGGGCGACCGCCGCCUUUCCAUCAUGAGCUCCACGCGUGACACCGGCCCGUUUCGACCGGGCACCCCGACCACCCCUCUGCCGCACGCCGGUUCCGCGCCGACCUCCGUGCAGCGCUCCGUGGGCUUCGCCUCCCGAGCCGCUCUGGCGUCCUCCUCCUCCUCCGGCACCGGGAUGGUCGUGAUCGCCGCCGGACCCGAGACCACCACCACCACCACGGCGGCCGGGACACCAGAGACCGGACCGGGGCUAGACGGUGAGGAUUACAGCUACUCAAACCAGUCCACCUUCAUCCAGAGGCAGUUCGGAGCCAUGCUGCAGCCCGGCGUCAACAAGUUCUCGCUCCGCAUGUUGGGCAGCCACAAGGCCGUGGCUCUGGAGCAGGAGAGACUCAGAUCAGCUGGAGCCUGGAUCAUACACCCCUACAGCGACUUCAGGUUUUGCUGGGAUCUCCUCAUGCUGCUGCUGAUGGUGGGAAACCUCAUCAUCCUCCCGGUGGGAAUCACCUUCUUCAAGGACGAGAACACUCCUCCGUGGAUCAUCUUUAAUGUGGUGUCGGACACGCUCUUCCUGGUGGAUCUGGUGCUGAACUUCCGCACCGGGAUCGUGAAAGAGGACAGUACGGAGAUCCUGCUGGACCCCAAGGCCAUCCGCCAGCGCUACCUGAAGAGCUGGUUCCUCGUGGACUUCGUGUCCUCGAUCCCGGUGGAUUACAUCUUCCUGAUGGUGGACCUGGAAGCUCACCUGGACUCAGAGAUGUACCGGACGGCCCGAGCGCUGCGGAUCGUUCGAUUCACUAAGAUCCUGAGUCUGCUGCGCCUGCUGCGUCUGUCCCGACUCAUACGCUACAUCCACCAGUGGGAGGAGAUCUUCCACAUGACCUAUGACCUGGCCAGCGCGAUGGUGCGGAUCGUCAAUCUGAUCGGCAUGAUGCUGCUGCUGUGUCACUGGGACGGAUGUCUGCAGUUCCUGGUGCCGAUGCUGCAGGACUUCCCACCCGACUGCUGGGUCUCCAAAAACAACAUGGUGAACGACACGUGGGGCAUCCAAUACACGUAUGCACUGUUUAAGGCCAUGAGUCACAUGCUGUGCAUCGGUUACGGCGCUCAGGCUCCAGAGGGAAUGACGGAUGUCUGGCUCACGAUGCUCAGCAUGAUCGUGGGCGCGACCUGCUACGCCAUGUUCAUCGGCCACGCCACGGCCCUCAUCCAGUCCCUGGACUCCUCACGCCGACAGUACCAGGAGAAGUAUAAGCAGGUGGAGCAGUACAUGUCGUUCCAUAAGCUUCCAGCAGAUGUCAGGCAGAAGAUCCACGAGUAUUAUGAACAUCGAUACCAGGGCAAGAUGUUUGACGAGGACAACAUUCUGGGAGAGCUAAGCGAGCCCUUAAAGGAGGAAAUUGUUAGCUUCAACUGCCGAUGCUUGGUGGCUAACAUGCCUCUCUUCGCUAACGCCGACCCAAACUUUGUAACGGCAGUGCUAACGAAGCUGAAGUUUGAGGUGUUCCAGCCCAAUGACUUCAUCAUUCGCGAGGGAACUGUCGGUCGUAAGAUGUAUUUCAUCCAGCACGGACGGGUCAGCGUAAUAACUCGUGGCAACAAGGAGACCAAGCUCAGUGAUGGGUCAUACUUUGGAGAGAUCUGUCUGUUGACGCACGGCAGGAGGACAGCUAGUGUCCGAGCAGAUACAUACUGUAGACUUUACUCCCUAAGUGUGGACAGUUUCAAUGAGGUUCUGGAAGAGCAUCCCAUGAUGAGACGGGCCUUCGAGACGGUGGCGGUGGACAGACUCGAUCGCAUCGGUAAGAAGAACUCGAUUUUGUUGCGCAAGACCUCACAGGGAGGAUCUGUAGCAGGCAGCAGUUUGGGACGGGGUGGAGGGAGCCGCGGAGGAGGAGCAGGAGGCGCCGGUCUGGGUUCUUGCGACAGUGUUCUGGUCCAGCAAAUCGUGAAGCACGAUAGCAUGGACAUCACCGCUGGCACCCGAGGCAGCACGGGAGGCACGGUCUCACCCCGACCUCAUCCGGUGAUCUGGGCACCACUGGUCCAUGCUCCCCUACAGACGGCCGCUGCCACCACCAACGUGGCCAUUGCCUUGAUGCAUCAGCAACAGCAGCAGCAACAGUUGCAGCAGCAGCUACAACAGCAACAUGCCCUUGGAGCUGCCAUCUUCCUUCCCUCCGCUCUUCCCAUCUCACCAUCACCCUCGUCCUGCCCGCUUUCUCCUCCCCGUCCGCCCAUACUACACCCUCGGCAGUCGCUCAGCUCUCUCAUCGGCGUAAUGGGCGGGAUGCCCCCCCGAGGAGUCCCGUCCUCUGUAACUCCUACACCCUUGCCCUCCACUAUUGGACCGACUGCUGUGGGCAUGGUUCCUUUAGGGGGUGUAGUUGUAAAAACUCCUCCUACACCUGCCUUGUCAGUGCCCGCCCCCCUGCAGGCUGGAAGGACACUUCAUUACAGUCUCCGCCUCCACACAGAACCCACAACAUUACCUGUCCAUAAAGCCCCUCCUCCCUCUUCAGCAGUGGUGGCGAUGUCCGUCGAAGGGCACAAUGUUGGCUCUGCUCCGCAGGGGGCCAAAGAGGCUUUACUACGUCAUGUUGGAGGAGGCAGCACCCAGGGCCUUCCUAUGAUUGGUCGGCUUACCCAGGAGGCCAGACUGCUCUCUGCCUCCCAGCCGACUCUCCCCCACCGCAGCUGGGCGAGCGUGCAACCUCGCCCGCCUCUCCAUCGCAAAGCAUCCGGAGGAAACCUGCUUCCGGCACCCUUCCUUUUGUCAUCAGGACUUGCUAGAGGAGGAAGUGCAGGUGUUUUGAGCUCAAAUGCGCCUGGUGCCACACAGGUGCCGACACAAACACCCCUGCUGUUGGCACACACACCUCCACUCACAUCAGCUCCUGGAUUAACUCCGUCACCCCUUGCCCCCUUCUCAUCCUCCCCGAAGCAAACCCCUCUUUGUUCCACCAACCCUCCUUUAUCCCUCGCGGCCACAUCUUCUGGUCUAGGGGUUCCUCAAACCCAGCAAGCCAAAUCAGGCACUGCAAUACCUACUCCUCCUUCAACCUCUCCUCCUCCUUGCCUACGCACUCCUUCUCCCUCUCAGUCCACCUCCACCUCUCCAACUUCAUCUUCCAGCACCUCUUUGGCUCAGAAUUCCCGUACCAGACCCUCUCAGAUGCCUCCUCCGCCGUCCCCAUUAUCCUGCACCACCAACUCAACGCCCACCAUCACUCCUUCUCAAACCCCCACCCCGACCCGAACCCCAACCACUGUUCAAACCCCUAUUCAGACCCCCACCCAAUCUAGAACACCAGUGGCCAUCCAAACCCAAUCCCAGGGUUGGUGUCCAACUCCUGUCCAGAUCCCAGCAGCUGCACAAGCUCCGACCUCAACCUCCGCUCAGAGUCCGCUUCCCACUCAGAUUCCAAGUAAACCUAUGAGUUCCACCAUGGGUCAGAGUGCUGCUUUCCAGAUGCCAGCCGCUGUCCAUGUUCUCGGUCCUCCUUCGACUUGUUCUGCAGUCUCCAGUCAAACCCAAACCACAACUACCAUACAGACUCUGAGCCCUUCCUGGACCCCAGGCUCUCCCAUCAAUACCCCAGCCCAAAGUGGACCGUCAACCCCUGUUCUGACCCAAUCGCAGACACAAGCUCCACUUGCUAAAGCCCCUGCUGCUGCACCAUCACCUUCUCCCUCAUCAACUCCAUCUCCAGCUGCUUCACAGCCACAGAAGCCCGCUGCUAACCAGACUCAGACCUUAAACGUUCUGCCCACUCCAACCUUAAGUCCAUCUCCCAUUCCUGCUUCCACUGCCUCCUCAUCUACAGUCCUCCAGUCCAUCUCCACUUCAACAAAAGAGGCAAAGAAAGACCAGUUUGAAUUGCAGCGGUCUGACUGGUGAACCAA